AUGGAGGCGUUCAUCAACGAGAUGGUCGAGCCGCGAGUGCUUGAUCUGGUUGUCCUUAUUCUGCCAAAAUGGCGACUGCUGCUGUAUAUCUUCCUCAUGAAUAUAGUGCUCUUCACGCCGGUGUACGUGUUCGGGGUGCUGCUGAUCAACGACGUCGAGCUGGUCCUCAUCAGUCCGCCGGCCGUACUGUUCGGCUGCAACCUGAUACACCGGGCCGUCUUCCGGUGCCGGAAUCUGCACAACACCCGCUCCAUCCUGCUCGGUGUCGCCAUCCUCUGUCUCGGAAUCUCAGCCAGCGGCUUGGUGGCGAUGUACGCGUCCCCACCAACCCCGCACUGGCUCAUGCUGCUGCUCUACAGCUUGCUGGGAGGACUCGGCUACCAGCUGGUGUUCUCCAAGAUGUGGAAGGUGCUGGGUAAGAUCUUCAACGCGCGCAAGGAGAUGUUCGUGAUCAAGUUCCUGCACUCGUGCGGCCAAGCGACCAGCUUGCUGGUGCUGCUGCUCAUCUUUCACCUGCCGUGGGACGACUACGUGUACGGUGCGCUGCUGCUGGUGCUGGCCGGCGUCGUCCUGCAUCUCGUGCCGAUCACGCUGCUGAUCGAGAGCGAGAAGAGCCGCCUGAAGCUCGAUCUCGACUCGCUCGUGCGCAGCACGGAGAAGGGCAACGAGUCGUACUACGCGCACGUCACCACGCGCCCGCCGGCAGCAGCAGCAGCUGCGACCAUCACCUGCUCGAGCUCGAGCUCGCCGGCCUUGGGAGAGGUCAGCGAACUGCAGCCACUGCACGCGCUGGUGGCAGAGGGUCCGGCGGUCCUGGCACAGGCGAGGCGGCGGGAAGAGGAGCCGCCGUCGCCGAAAGCACCGCCGGGAACCACCACCGGGGCCGUGACGUGGAAAAAUCCGGCCAACUUCGGCUCGGGCGGUGGUGGUGGUGGUGGUGAAGCCUUCGUGGCCGUAGCUCGGCCGAUGGUGGGCUACGAGUACGACUACGAGGAGGAGCUGUGCCGGCGGGAGGAUGGCAAGUGCUUCAACCAGGACGGCGUGGAGAUCCUCGAGAUCAUCCUGGAGGAGGACGAGGCGAACAUGGCGGCGUACGAGGCUGCGACGGCCGGCUAUCAGCAGGUCGGUACCACGGCAAGCGGCAGUAUCGGGCGAUCGGCUGAUGGCAGCUGCUCGACGGCACCGACCGGCAAGUGGCAUCUGCUGAGCAGCGUCGUGGACGGUGCGGCCCGGGCCGUGCGUGCCCUCGACUUCCGGCCCACGGUCAACCUGCGGCUGGUGGCGUCGGUGCGCGGGGCCCUGCUCGACUUUCGCUGCUACAGCUGCGUGCUGCUGAAGGCGACCGACGUGUGCAUCUUCGUGCUGUUCCUCGCCAUCCUGCCCCGCUUCCAGGCGUUCCACUACCACCAGCGGGCCCGGGCGCGCCACAUGACGCUGCUGUCGGUGGUGGUGAUCGCGUCCGCCUGGGCCGGCUUCUCCUUCCUGCUGCUCUGGUGCGACAUACGCUUCCGCAAGCAGCAGGAGCGCCUGCUCAUCUUCAGCAUCCUCUUCCAGGCGUUCGGCUACUUCUGCGUGUACUCGAUCAAGUCCAGCUUCUGGACCAUCACCGGCUGCGUGCUGGUCGGCGUCGGGCAUGCCAUCGCCUGCGCCUACCAGGACCUCGUCAUCAAGCGCAAGUUCAACCAGCGCCAGUGGGCCACCGUCAAGUCCGGCCUCUGCCUGCUGAGCGGGCUGGUCGUGCUGGCGAUCGCAGGGCUCGCCAACCUGCUCUACGUGUACGGCCGCAUCGACAACCUGCUGCUGGUGCUCAUCCUCAUCUACUGCGCGUCCAGCGGCUUCUGGCUCGCCUGCAACUAUCGGAUCUUCUUCAGCUGAACAACAACAAUCACCACCACCCUCACCAACAACACCGGACCCGCAAAAAAAAAAAACAAAAAUGCCCACUAGAAUACAUACG